GCAACCAAAUCAAACAACAUUUUUGUUUGUCUUCUUUUAAGUUUUGGCAUAAUUCAGUACCGAUAACAAACGGUCUUAUUUACUUAUUUACUAGUGAAUGGCAGGGCUGCCAAUUAAAGAAUUUAUUUCCACUAAUUUAAGCAAGGUAAUAAUUGAAACUAAGCAGUAACUCCAAUCUGUUCGAAAAUGAACACCGCACGCUUUGGAUUUGCGCGCUACAUGAUGAAAUCUCCAUUCUUCAAGCAAUGGAAUAACUUUGUUAGGGCUGCAACAAUGGCAUCUGUCAAUGGGAAUGCCAUUAGAACUGCCGCAACGAAAGUUACUUACAAAACUUUCGCCAUUUUGCAACGAGCUACACCUGUGCUCAUAUCGCUACGGACCGUUUCUGGAAAAUCAAUUAAAGUCGUGAUGGAAGAGAAUUGUAUUGUGCCCGAUGUCAUUUCCAAGGCACCUAAGUGCGAUGCUAAAGUUGAAUAUGCCGGCGGCAUUUCCGUACAACCUGGCAUGGUGUUGACCCCCACUCAGGUGAAGGAUCAGCCAUGCGUCGAAUGGGAAGCUGAUCCUUCGAAACUCUACACUCUCUGUAUGACCGAUCCGGAUGCUCCGAGUCGUAAGGAGCCGAAAUUCCGUGAAUGGCAUCACUGGCUCGUCGGCAAUAUUCCCGGCAAAAAUGUGGCCAAGGGUCAGGUUCUCUCGGCCUACAUUGGCUCCGGCCCCCCACCAGAAACUGGAUUGCAUCGUUACGUAUUUUUGAUCUACGAGCAAAAGUGCAAGCUGGCCUUCGAUGAGAAGCCUUUGCCAAACAACAGUGCAGAUGGACGUGGAGGCUUCAAAAUUGCCGAAUUUGCAAACAAAUACGAUUUGGGUGAUCCCAUUGCCGGCAAUUUCUAUCAGGCUGAAUUUGAUGACUAUGUGCCCACUCUUUACAAGCAAUUGGGUGCUUAGAAUCAGAUAUACCAAAUGCAUUUGUAUGGAUUAUAUAACGUGCGAUGGGUGUAGAUUAAAAAUUGUUUAUUAGAAACUUGAUAUUUCAUUGAAUAUUGGCAAUAAAGACGCAUUGUGCAUAA